CCGGAAACACACACGGAUGUUGUAGAGCAGAUGAGCAAAUCUCUCAGGUUUUCUGCUUUAUAAUCGCGUGAAGUGAAGAAAUGGAAGCGUUGUGCUCCAGAAACCAGCGACGACUUGAGAUGAAGAGAAUGAAAGAGUGAGAUGAACGAUACACGUAAUCGGAGCAUAUUGUAAUUGGAGUAAAGGAAGAUGAUGGAUGAUUGAGGAUGAAGUGAGUGCUCUCCGGUCACUAAUGCACAAGUGAACACAUCGUCGUCCAUCAUGUUUGUGACAGCAUAUCUGGCAUUCAUCACAUUGGUGGGACUGGUUGUGGCUCUAGAAAUCACAGCUCGUCGACUCGCCUCAUCCCAAACCACACAGACGGCUGUCGCCAACCCCGCAUUUCGAGGUUUCCAGAAGCUCUUUCUUAAAGUGUAUCUGCUGGCCCUCUGGGCAGACUGGUUACAGGGACCUUACCUUUAUAAACUAUAUCGGCACUAUAACUUCCUGGAAUCUCAGAUCGCCAUCCUGUAUGUAUGCGGCCUCGGUUCUUGUGUGCUCUUUUCUCCAGUGGCCGGAUGGCUACCUCAGUUUUUGGGUCGAAGACAGACCUGCGUCCUCUUCUGCGUCUCUUAUUCUAUCUGCUGCUUGACUAAAUUAUCACGGGAGUAUUUUAUGCUCAUACUAGGACGUGUUUUGGGAGGGCUGUCCACUUCCCUUCUGACCACCACCUUUGAGUCCUGGUACGUGCACGGUCACAUUGAGGUCAAUGACUUUCCCAAAGAAUGGAUCCCCGUUACGUUUAGUAAAGUUGCAAACUGGAAUCACGGGCUGGCGGUUGCCGCUGGGCUAGUGGCCAACCUGUUUGCAGAAUGGCUGGGGCUGGGACCAGUAGCUCCGUUUCUUUUGGCUAUUCCAAGCCUUGCGGUCUGCGCCUGGUUUGUGAUUUUCCAAUGGGGUCGAGAAAACUCAGAAGGCGUGAAUGGAGAGAAAAGCGGGCCACUUUUAAACCCUCUCAAUGCACCUAGGUUGCAAACAACAGCGCGGGCACGUUUCUGGCGGGGCUGUUUGGAUGGCCUACGCUGCUUACUGUCCGACCGCCGUGUGAUGCUGUUGGGUGGCGUGCAGGCGCUCUUCGAAAGCGUCCUUUACAUUUUUGUCUUUCUCUGGACCCCCGUGCUGGACCCACACGGUCCUCCGCUCGGCAUCGUGUUCUCCUGUUUGAUGGCGGCCAGCAUGGCUGGUUCCACACUUUUUCGGCUAGCCACGUCACCCCCUUAUCGACUCCAACCCGGUCACCUGCUCUGCCUGGCGGUUCUUCUGGCUUUCUUUUCCUUCUUCAUGCUGACGUUCUCCACUGUGCCCGGCCAACCCCGUCCCAGAGAAUCUCUGCUGGCAUUUCUCCUGCUGGAGCUGGCCUGCGGGCUUUAUUUCCCAGCAGUGAGUUUUCUCCAGGGCCGUGUGAUCCCCGUGGAGCGCAGAGGCGUGGUGCUGGCCUGGUUUCGUUUGCCUCUUCACCUCCUGGCUUGCCUGGGGCUGCUGGCUCUGCACGGGGAGGUUUCCGGGACGGGUGCGGGCGAGGCCGGCAGUGGCACCAGACACAUGUUUAUAGGCUGUGCAGCGAUGAUGUUGGCUGCUCUGCUUGCGGUGGUCAGCCUUUUCACUGUGGGCAGGAAUGAUGCAGACUUGAGACUAGAGGGGACCAGAACAGAGGGAGAGCUGGAGAUAUGAGUAUAUCAGAGAUGGACACUGGAUCUCAAAUCAAUCAGAGAAAAUAAGACUUUGUAUGUGCUUGGAAUAUAUUGUUUUUUCUUUAAAAGUUGACACAAGUGUAUUUAUGUUGUAUCAUUAUGAACCAACCCAAAGUUCUUUUAAUCGUUGACAUUUUGAGUCGAAGCCAAAACUGCAAAACUUUCACAUGGGACAUGACAAUGUUAAGGAAACAAUUUUGCUUUUAGCUAUUAUCAUUCCAGCCAGCCACAAAAGACCAGAUGCUUGAAAUGUAAAUAAAUAUGAAGAAAUGCACAACAACUCAAUUAAAUACAUGUUGUUGUAAUUACGGCUUGGGUGUGUGUUUUCAUAAACACUUGAUGGGUAUGUUUCAUGCAGACGCUGUUGUUUUUGUAAUAAAUAACACAAUUGCUCUAUCUUCUGCAAUAGAAGCAUUGUCUUUUAUUGAAAUUGAUGGCAACUGAAUAGUUUAAGGCUCAUGAGCAAACAUUAAAAAGCAUUGUUAACAAAUGUGUCUUUAUAGAAUAUAAAAAUACAAAAUAAAAGAAUCUAUUGUGAAGUCUAA